AAGAGUUGGAUCUGAGAUCAUUCUUUGUCUUCUCCUCCAACUAACCAGAGUUUCAUUGAGGACUGGAGCUGAUGAACUACAGAACAGCUUUUCUAAGAACAUCCAGGAAGAAGAGAAGAAAGACGAUAUGGGACGAAGAAGAGGAGGGACUCUGAAGAUUCUGUUACUGUUGACACUCUGUCUGCAAGCCUUCACUGUUCAAUGCCAAGAUUCAGGGCAUCCCUCUGACCUGAGGAUAGUUCUGGUGGGGAAGACUGGAUCAGGGAAGAGUUCAACAGGAAACACCAUCCUGAGGAGGGAGGGGUUUAAAGUAGACUUCUCCCCUGAGUCUGUCACUGUUCACUGUGAGAAACAGAGUGGGGUGGUGGAUGGGAGGAAGAUUGAUGUCAUCGACACCCCGGGGCUCUAUGACACAACAAUGUCUCAAGAAGAGAUGAAAAGUGAGAUAGAAAAGGCCAUCUACAUGUCAGUCCCAGGACCUCACGCCUUCCUGCUGGUGAUCAGACUGGGGAGGUUCACAGAGGAGGAGAGGAACACUGUGAAGUGGAUCCAGGAGAACUUUGGAGAAGAAGCAUCAAAGUACAUCAUCAUUCUGUUCACCGGAGGAGACCAGCUGGAGGGCAAAUCAAUGGUGGACUUUCUGAGUGAGAGUGAGGAGCUUAUGAAACUCAUCAAGGUCUUUAAGGGCAGAAAUCAUGUCUUCAAUAAUAAAAAGAAGAAUGACAACACUCAGGUCCCAGAGCUGCUGAAGAAGAUAGAUGAGAUGGUGAUGAAGAAUGGAGGACAACACUACACCAAUGAGAUGUACCAGGAGGCCCAGAGGAAGAUCGAAGAGGAGGAGGAGAGGAAGAGACAGGAGAAGAAGGAGAGAGAGGAGGAGGCGAAGAAGAAACAAGAGGAGGAGAUCAGAAAACGAGAAGAGAAGGCGAGAGAGGAGGAGAGGAAGAGACAGGAGGACAAGAAGAAACAAGAGGAGGAGAUCAGAAAACGGGUAGAGAAGGUGAGAGAGGAGGAGAGGAAGAGACAGGAGGACAAGAAGAAACAUGAGGAGGAGAUCAGAAAACAGGUAGCAAAGGCGAGAGAGGAGGAGAGGAAGAGACAGCAGAGGACGAGGAAGUCGUCGUCAAAUGGCUUAUUGGGAAUGUUAGCAACUGUUUUCACAGCGGUGGUAGCAGGACCAUUAGCAAUUCCAGUUGGAGCUGCUGUAUUUGCAAAUGAAUUAGCUGAACAUUUAGACGAUUCCGAUUAAAUGAGGAAGAGGUGGCAGUGUGAAGUACCACUCUCUUCCUCAUCUUAAUGUCAAGUAGUAGCAGUAGAUUAUAUUAAUACUGUAUAAUGACAACCAUCAUUGUUUGUAGCAGUAGAAUAUAUUAAUACUGUACAAUGACAACCAUCAUUGUUUGUAGCAGUAGAAUAUAUUAAUACUGUACAAUGACAACCAUCAUUGUUUGUAGCAGUAGAAUAUAUUAAUACUGUACAAUGACAACCAUCAUUGUUUGUAGCAGUAGAAUAUAUUAAUACUGUAUAAUGACAACCAUCAUUGUUUGUAGCAGUAGAAUAUAUUAAUACUGUACAAUGACAACCAUCAUUGUUUGUAGCAGUAGAAUAUAUUAAUACUGUAUAAUGACAACCAUCAUUGUUUGUAGCAGUAGAAUAUAUUGAUACUGUACAAUGACAACCAUCAUUGUUUGUAGAAGUAGAAUAUAUUAAUACUGUAUAAUGACAACCAUCAUUGUUUGUAGCAGUAGAAUAUAUUGAUACUGUAUAAUGACAACCAUCAUUGUUUGUAGCAGUAGAUUAUAUUAAUACUGUACAAUGACAACCAUCAUUGUUUGUAGCAGUAGAAUAUAUUAAUACUGUAUAAUGACAACCAUCAUUGUUUGUAGCAGUAGAAUAUAUUAAUACUGUAUAAUGACAACCAUCAUUGUUUGUAGAAGUAGAAUAUAUUAAUACUGUAUAAUGACAACCAUCAUUGUUUGUAGCAGUAGAAUAUAUUGAUACUGUAUAAUGACAACCAUCAUUGUUUGUAGCAGUAGAUUAUAUUAAUACUGUACAAUGACAACCAUCAUUGUUUGUAGCAGUAGAAUAUAUUAAUACUGUAUAAUGACAACCAUCAUUGUUUGUAGCAGUAGAAUAUAUUAAUACUGUAUAAUGACAACCAUCAUUGUUUGUAGCAGUAGAAUAUAUUGAUACUGUAUAAUGACAACCAUCAUUGUUUGUAGCAGUAGAAUAUAUUGAUACUGUAUAAUGACAACCAUCAUUGUUUGUAGCAGUAGAUUAUAUUAAUACUGUACAAUGACAACCAUCAUUGUUUGUAGCAGUAGAAUAUAUUAAUACUGUAUAAUGACAACCAUCAUUGUUUGUAGCAGUAGAUUAUAUUAAUACUGUACAAUGACAACCAUCAUUGUUUGUAGCAGUAGAAUAUAUUAAUACUGUAUAAUGACAACCAUCAUUGUUUGUAGAAGUAGAUUAUAUUAAUACUGUAUAAUGACAACCAUCAUUGUUUGUAGAAGUAGAAUAUAUUAAUACUGUAUAAUGACAACCAUCAUUGUUUGUAGAAGUAGAAUAUAUUAAUACUGUAUAAUGACAACCAUCAUUGUUUGUAGAAGUAGAAUAUAUUAAUACUGUAUAAUGACAUCCAUCAUUGUUUGUAGAAGUAGAAUAUAUUAAUACUGUAUAAUGACAACCAUCAUUGUUUGUAGCAGUAGAUUAUAUUAAUACUGUAUAAUGACAACCAUCAUUGUUUGUAGAAGUAGAAUAUAUUAAUACUGUAUAAUGACAACCAUCAUUGUUUGUAGAAGUAGAAUAUAUUAAUACUGUAUAAUGACAACCAUCAUUGUUUGUAGAAGUAGAAUAUAUUAAUACUGUAUAAUGACAUCCAUCAUUGUUUGUAGAAGUAGAAUAUAUUAAUACUGUAUAAUGACAACCAUCAUUGUUUGUAGCAGUAGAUUAUAUUAAUACUGUAUAAUGACAACCAUCAUUGUUUGUAGCAGUAGAUUAUAUUAAUACUGUAUAAUGACAACCAUCAUUGUUUGUAGCAGUAGAAUAUAUUAAUACUGUAUAAUGACAA